GAGAGAUGAGCAGGGGGGGAGAGGGGGGGAAAGGAGGGGGGAGGGAGGGCAUCACAGGUAUAUAUACAGGUAAGAGAACCUUCCCUCGGUACAUUCACCAUCACCACCACACCUGAAGCCAUGGGUGGGAUACAGCUGAGCGCCGUUUUCUUCGCGAUGGUGGCAUGUGUGGGCAGCUCCCCCGCCGGCCACUACUCCCCCAUCUACACACCCGCCCUCUACACACCCGUCUACUCCCCCUACCCUCCCCCGCCCCCCCAACACGUGCACUCCGGAUACCCCUCCGAGCCUGCCUACAAGCCCACACACCUGCACAAGCCUGUGACCUACAAGCCUGCCGUCUACAAGCCUGCCCCGUCUGCUCACAAGCCUGCAUUGCCCUACAAGCCUGUCCUCGGGAUUAAGCUUGAUGAUGACGAUGAUUAUGAAGAGGACCCCAAGCCCUACGCCUUCGACUACGGCGUGCGCGACGACUACACCGGCUCGCACUUCGGCCACAGGGAGAAGAGCAACGGGCGGGAGGUGAAGGGCUCGUACCAGGUGGCGCUCCCCGACGGCCGCCUGCAAAAGGUCACCUACACGGCCGACCACGAGAACGGCUUCCAGGCUGAGGUCACAUACGAGGGCCAGCCUGUGCACCCCUACAAGCCUGAGGGGAAAUUUGUGUUACCGGUUUAUGGGAAAUCCAGUUCCUUUUCCCCUCUUCCUUCUCUCCCGUCUCUUUCUCCUCCUUUCGCUUCCCAUUCCAAGCUUCAUUCCUCCUCUGUUCCUCUUCCUAUCCUCUCCGCUAAACCCUCUUCGAAACCUUCCUCUUCUUCCUAUAAAUCAAAGCCUGUUUCUCAUUCCUCCUCCUCCUCCUCCUCUUCUCGUCCUUCCUACAAAGCAAAGUCAUAUCCUCUCCCGUCUCAUCCUCCUCCUCCUCCUCCUCCUUCCUACUCUCCCGCCAAGACCGAUUAUAAGCCAUCUCUCUCCCUUCCCUCCCUUCCUCCUCCUCUUCCCUAUUACCCGGAAGAUGCUGUUUAUAAGCCGAUUUACGACUCCGAUCCGAUUUAUCAUUUUUAUUAAUUAGUUUUUGAAAAAGGUUCGUAGUUUUUUAGAUUUUUUGCCCGUUUCUUUUUUUUUUUACGUGUUUUAUCGUUGUAUUUCUCAUUGUUUGUUUGCUCUUUUUAAUCUCAGUUUUUGUUUUUCUUUCUUUUUACCUUUUCAUCAAUUUAUUUUAACUACUGUUUUAUCUCGCUUUCUCUACACGUUUAUUUUUUGUUAAUUUUUCAAUCUUUAUUUUAGCUUCUCUCUCUCUCUCUCUCUCUCUCUCUCUCUCUCUCUCUCUCUCUCUCUCUCUC